AGUAUUACAAACCGAGAAUACAAUCAAAAGAAAACCUCCGACCAAUGCGAAACAAUGUUCGUGGUGUCACAACUUACAAUUUUCUUAUUAUUUUCAACAGUUUCGAUAUCAUGGAAACUAAGUCCAUUAAGCGAUAAGUAUUAUUUUUCAUAUAUGGAAAAAAAUUACCAGCAUGCUUGGUUAGACUGUGAAAUCCACGGGCUUAGGCUGGCAGCCAUUCAAAACAGCAAACAACAAUCUGACUUAUUUAACGCUCUCGCAAAGCAAGGGCUCCAUACAAGGGGCUACUGGAUAGACGGCAUUCUGUCGAGAGAAGACUUGGAAUACUAUUGGUUGCGAAAUGCAACGGAAAUGAAGUAUACGCUUUGGGGAACAGGUCAACCUCAGGCUGGGCAAUCCAAAAGAUUUUGCAUCAAGUUGGGCAAUUUUUACAAAUACAACGAACCUUAUAAGUAUCAGCUAGAAGACUGCACCUUUUGGUUAUCGUAUAUCUGCGAAGAGAAAAAUUUGUAACCUUUGUGUUGGAUAUUAAAACGAAACUAUUUAAAAACAAACUUGUGUGUUAAUGCAUGCUAGUUGUAUUUCUUGUGCAGUACUGAACAUUUUGCAAAUAUUUUUUAUAAA